AUGGCCAUCAGGGGUGCCCAGAGAACUGGCUGUCGCUUCUCCCAAAGAAAACAAUUGUGCUGGGGUCCUGGGAGGCUCUUCCUCACGCUACUGCUGCUGGUUUCCAUCAAACAAGUUCCAGGAUCUCUUCUAGAGGAGACAACUCGGAAGUGGGCUCAGUACAAGGAGAAGUGUCUGAAAGACUUACACCAGGAGACUUCUGGCAUAUUUUGUAAUGGAACGUUCGAUCAAUUUGUGUGCUGGCCUCAUUCUUCUCCUGGAAAUGUCUCAGUUCCCUGCCCUUCCUACUUGCCUUGGUGGAAUAAAGAAAGAUCAGGAAGGGCCUACAGACACUGCUUGUCUCAGGGAACUUGGCAGACACUAGAGAACUCCACAAACAUUUGGCAGGACGACUCCGAAUGCUCCGAGAACCACCACUUCAAAAAAAACGUAGAUCACUAUGCCUUGCUGUUCACCUUGCAGCUGAUGUACACUGUGGGAUACUCCGUGUCCCUUAUCUCCCUCUUCCUGGCUCUCACUCUCUUCUUGUUCCUCCGAAAACUCCACUGCACACGCAAUUACAUCCACAUGAACCUGUUUGCUUCAUUCAUCCUGAGAGCUGUGGUUGUGCUGGUGAAGGAUGUGGUCUUCUACAAUUCUUACUCCAAGAGGCCUGUCAAUGAGGAUGGGUGGAUGUCCUACCUGUCGGAGAUAUCUAUAUCCUGCCGCUCUGUCCAGGUCCUUCUUCACUACUUUGUGGGUGCCAAUCACCUGUGGCUGCUGGUUGAAGGCCUUUACCUCCAUGCACUACUGGAGCCCACGGUGCUUCUGGAAAGGUGGAUGUGGCCCGGAUACCUGGUGGUGGGUUGGGCCUUUCCUAUACUAUUUGUUGUCCCUUGGGGAAUUGCUCGUGCAUACCUGGAGAACAAAGGGUGCUGGGCCACAAACAAGAAUAAGAACAUCUGGUGGAUCAUCCGUGGACCCAUGCUGCUUUGUGUUGCAGUCAAUUUCUUCAUCUUCCUGAAAAUCCUCAGACUUCUCAUUUCCAAACUUAAAGCUCAUCAGAUGUGCUUCAGAGACUAUAAAUACAGAUUGGCAAAAUCAACCCUGGUCCUCAUUCCUUUAUUGGGUGUCCAUGAGAUCCUCUUCUCUUUCAUUACUGAUGACCAAGUUGAAGGACAUUCAAAACACAUACGACUCUUCAUUCAGUUGACAUUGAGCUCCUCCCAUGGAUUCCUUGUGGCCUUGCAGUAUGGCUUUGCCAAUGGAGAGGUGAAGGCUGAGCUGAAGAAGUCCUGGGGCCGCUUCUGGUUAGCCCGCCACUCAGGCUGCAGAGUCUGGAUCCUGGGGAAGAACUUCCAGUUUCUAGGGAAAUAUCCCAAAAAGCUGUCAGAGGAAGAUGGCAUGGAAACCCUCAGGAAGCUGCAGUCCUCACCAGAUAGCUCCUGUCUGGCUGCACAGGGCCUGGGGGAGCUGCGCUCCGGUUCUCACAGGGGCCAUGCAGCCUGGCCCCGUGGCAGCAGCCUUUCUGAAAGCAGCGAGGGGGACUUCACCCUGGCCAACACGAUGGAAGAGAUUCUGGAAGAGAGUGAGAUCUAG